AUGGGAAUUGAGGGCCUCCAUCCUUUGUUAAAAUCAGCGAUACAUCGCGUAGAUAUCAAGCGCGCUGAAUUUCGUGGUACGACAUGUGCUGUUGAUACAAGUUUCUUACUUCAUCGAGGCGCUUAUGCAUGUGCCGGAAAAUUAGCGCAAAAAGAAUCCACCGAUAAAUACGUUCAAUAUGUAACUCGAUAUGUAGAAAGAUUACUGGAAUGGGGCAUAAAACCGAUCAUGGUUUUUGAUGGUUCACCACUGCCGGCAAAGCGUAUCACGAAUAUCAAUCGAAGCGACGAACGAGAACGAAAUCGUCUACGUGCACAGAAAGCAUUGGCCAGUGGAAAAACACGUGAAGCAGAGCAAUUCUUUCAGAAAGCUAUUGAAAUUACACCAGAUAUGGUUCUCAAUGUUAUUCGAACUCUUCGAACGAUGGGAAUAGAUGUUAUUGUUGCACCGUAUGAAGCUGAUGCUCAAUUAGCAUAUUUGAAUCGAGCAAAAAUCGCUGAUUAUGUUAUUACAGAAGACUCGGAUCUUGUUCUCUUUGGUUGCCAUUACAUCUUGUUUAAACUUGAUGAUCAAGGCUAUGGUGAACUGUUUGAAGGAACAAAACUCGAUUUGAAAAAAGAAUUUGGCUUGGAUUCUUUUGAACGUUUUCGUUGGAUGUGCAUCUUAUCUGGAUGUGAUUAUCUUGAUAAUAUCGCUGGUAUUGGCUUAGCAAAAGCAAAGAAAAUCAUGAGUCGAACGCAAAUAAACAAUAUCGAAUUAAUUCUCAAACAACUUCCCCAAAACCUCGGCAAAAUGAAUCUUCGAGUGACCGACGAUUAUAUCACUGGGUUCAAGCGGGCACAUUUAGCGUUUCUACAUCAGAUUGUUUAUGAUCCUGCUCAAAGAAAGCAAAUACCAUUGAACCCAUUACCCGACGAUAUCGAUCAUAGUCAUCUCAAAUUUGCUGGACAAAUCGACGAAACAUCACUAGCAUUUCAACACGCAAUUGGAAAUUUGAAUGUGAAAACUAAAUGCAUAGUUGACAAAUUCGAUCCAGAUAAAUGGAACUAUCGUUUGCCCAAAUUAACAUCGGGUUUUACGCCGGCAUAUUUGAACUCCAUCUGGAAUAAAGAAUUUCGUGUCCGUGCCGAACCAUUUUCAUUGAUGUCAACGCCCAUAAAUCGGCAAGUACUCGCUACACCAUCUCCACCAAGAAAAGUUCGUUCACAACCAACGCCAUCGUCAGAUGCCCUCUCUUCUUCAACUAUUCUCAACAUGUACCUACCAAAAUCAAGUGAGAAGAAACAUGAAACAAGCACAAAGACAUCCUCGUCGAUCGAAUACCACACAUCGAUCAUUCAAAGUAUUGAAAUCGUCAAACGACCUUUGCUAUUCAAUCAAUACGACGAAGACAAAUCGAGUCGAUUUUUUUCGUCAUCAACUGUAACAAAGAGUACAAGUGUAUUUGAAGCUAUCAGCGAGAAUCAAAAUACGACAUUGACUAAAGAUGUAACUUCACCGAAUAAAAACAAACGCUUCAAAAAAAUAGAUACUGAAAAUGACUAUGACAAUUUACCACAAGCGACAACAACUCAAAGUUCAAUUGAAGAAUUGAUGACACCGACAAAACCAAUUCGUGAUGUUCUGAAAAGAAAAUCAUCUAAUACGAUCAAAGACUCACCACCGACAGAUAAAUUAGAUAAUCAAAUCUCAGAUAACCUAAAGAAUGAUUCACCUAUCGAAAAAAUUGAAUGUCCACCAACGUUAACGAAUGAAGCAAAAUCUCCAGUACUCCAGCUACCUCAACAUCUGAGAAAUCGCUUUGCAAAGCAAACAACAUCUCGAAUGGUGCGACCAACAUGA